AUGCAGCCCAAAGAUUAUUUGUCGGCUCGAGCCCUCGAGAAUCUUUCUCGAGAGGUGAACUGGCGGGAUCUCCGGAAAACACUGUCGAAGCCUUACGAUAGUGUCACUCGACCCGACGGCAGAAUUAACCUUGGUCUUGCGGAAAGUACACUUAUGCACCAAGAACUUGCCACACACAUCAAGGCGAAUUUCGAAAUCGAUCUUGCUGCACAUCUGACCUAUGGCUCCGGACCAAAUGGUUCACCUUUGCUGCUACAGGCCCUUAGUAGGUUUAUUAACAGGCGGUUCGGUCCAGUUAUACCUGUCACAGGAGACGAAUUGAUAAUCUCGUCUGGUCUCGCUGCCGCUAUCGACUGCUUGACAUGGAAUAUCUGUGACGAGGGUGAUGGGAUUUUAGUCCCCCAACCUUUCUAUGCCGGAUUCAUCACCGAUAUCGAAUUGAGGAGUCGUGCUCGGGUACUGCCCGUAUCAUAUCGUCGAAAGGGUCGACCAUACCAUCUCCUUGAUGCAUUUGACCCUGAGAUCACUCACCAAGCACUACAGGAUGCUCUGGAAAAAUACGACAGGAGCGGAGUAAAGAUCCGUGCCGUGCUGAUAUCCAACCCACAUAACCCCCUAGGACGAUGCCAUUCGACGAGAACGUUACAGGAGAUUGCAAGGUUUUGUCAGCUGCAUGAGAUGCACCUAAUUUCGGAUGAGAUUUACGCCAAUUCAACUUUUAGAAACCCAUCUUGUCUUGAUGCAGAGCCAUUCCGUUCUUUGCUAUCAAUCGAUUUGGCCAGCCUCAUCCACCCUGAGCGGGUUCACGUGCUAUAUGGAAUGAGCAAGGAUUUCUGUGCAAAUGGGCUGAGACUUGGUGCCGUCCACACGCGCAAUGCUGCCCUUCGCGAGGCCAUGGCCACCCUCAAUAUUUUCUCUUGGCCGGCGUAUGUCACUCAAGAUAUGUGGGCACGCAUCCUGUUGGAUGAGCCAUUCAUCGAGAAGUUCAUAGGGCUUAACCAAGACCGGUUGGCAAAUUGUUAUACUACGUUCACUUCAUUUCUGGACAAAUAUGAAAUUCCUUAUCUACCAGGAGGAAAUGCCGGCUUCUUCAUCUGGACAAGGCUUAUCCGUGAGCCAGCGACAAGAACUCCAGAAGCAGCACACAAGUCGGUACUUUCACUCAAAGAAGAAUUACUUGGAGCAUGUCUGAGUAACGGGCUAUUUAUCCGGGAUGGUGCAAAGUACUUUGAUGAAGCGCCAGAGGGCGGGUGGUUUCGGAUUACUUUUACUGUGGAUGAACACAUUCUGGAGGUAGCAACGACCCGUCUGUUAAAGAGCCUUAGAGAGACUGGAUUGUUGUGUGAGAGCUAA